AUGGGGGGCAAGAAAAAGAAAUCAGGUACUAAGGCGUCUACUGCUCAAAGCUCUUCGGCAGCAACACAAGCGACUGCAACCACGCCAAAGUCAGAAGAUCACACGUCCUCCCAGUCACCAACAGUACCACCUAAUGCUGAUUUAAAAGAACAGGACGAUGACCAGCAAGCACAAGAGGAACAGCAAAAGGGAUUUAAGGGGAUGGCAAAAAAGGAUAUGCAGCAUGUUACUGGAUACGUAGCCGAAAGAGAAGGUGAGGACAUUGAUCAGGCGCAAUUAGACAAGGCAAUGAGCUUUGUGAAUGAACAGUUUACGAAACUAAAAUCACAAAAGACCCAAAAACAAAAAGUAUCUGAGAAAAUUUCAGUAUCUAAAGAAGACAUAGACCUUAUUGUAUCUGAAAUGGAAGUCACAAAAGCAGUAGCCGAUCGAUGUCUAAAAGAAAAUCAAGGAAAUGUCGUAGCUACUUUAAAAGCUAUGGUUAAUGGCUGA